AUGGGGUGGGAGCCACGUCUCGACAUUGAACAUGUCCUUGUAUCCGGGGUGGGUGACUACAAUGCGAGCACGAACUGCCCUGAGGCGCACGUUAGAAUGUUCGGUUUUCUUUCUCUUGAUGCGCUGAAGUGGCAAAUGUGGAAUUCUACUCUGCUAGCCAAUGAAGUUGUUAUUUCCGCACCUCAUAUCAGUAAUAGGCUUUAUACUAGGCCCUGGCCAGCAGAGAACUUCCACCCAAGGCAUUGUGCCCUGAAAUGGUACUUAAAUCUCAAUCAUCGGAUAUACCAGGUAGAAUGGACCAAACAGACCUGGGCAGGUGACAAGACUUCGAAACGACUCAAAAAGGAUUUAUUCGAUCCUGCAUACAUAAAUGAGAGGCCUAGGGUCGUCCAGUGCCACCGCCCUUAA